GGCAUAACUGCAUUGAUGGACUGUGGCCCUGCAGCAUUGCCAGCAAUAUUCCACGGCCUGGAUAUGUCCUUCAUAUUUGAUUGGAUUUAUAGUGGUUUCAGUAGCGUUCUGCAGUUCCUGGGGCUGUACAAGAAGUCUGGUAAAUUAGUAUUCCUCGGUCUGGACAAUGCUGGUAAAACAACGCUGCUGCAUAUGCUCAAAGACGACAGACUGGGUCAGCAUGUGCCAACCUUACACCCCACCUCCGAGGAGCUGACGAUUGCUGGCAUGACCUUCACCACGUUCGAUCUGGGUGGCCACGCUCAGGCUCGACGAGUGUGGAAGAACUACCUCCCAGCCAUCAACGGCAUCGUCUUCCUGGUGGACUGCGCCGAUCUCACCAGACUGGCCGAGUCCAAAACAGAGCUUGACGCACUAAUGACAGAUGAAACCAUUGGAAAUGUGCCCAUAUUGAUCCUCGGCAACAAGAUCGACAAACCUGAAGCCAUCAGUGAGGAGAAACUGCGCGAGAUCUUUGGCCUGUACGGUCAGACGACGGGAAAGGGCAACGUUCCUCUCAAAGAGCUGAACACGAGACCCCUGGAGGUGUUCAUGUGCAGCGUGCUGAAGAGACAGGGCUACGGCGAGGGCUUCCGCUGGCUCUCACAGUACAUCGAUUAGAGGAAGAGGAAGAGGAAGCACCACGCUCAUCCCGCCUUCACAACCACGACUCCACUCACACAGACUGUUAUCCUUCAGUUCAUCGACUGGUUCUCACAUUGUUUCUUACCAAAACCACAAACCUGCAGUGAUUCUGCAAAUGUGGUCAAUUCCAAACAAUGAAUCUUCGCAUUGGCUUCGGUUUUAUUUACUCUGAAAUUUGAUGUUUUUUUGUCCGUUGAUCUCUUUCUGUUCAUCAGGGAAUGAUUCUGCGUGUGUACUCACAGAAAUGUUCACAGCUUCCGAGUCAUUUGCGUCACAUACUUCAAACAGGAAGUGCUUUGACUUCUCUCCAGUGUUUCGUUUCCUGUCGUCAGGCUGUAAGAUGAAGUCGAGACUCUGUUAAUGCGCUGAUGUGGCCGUGUUGAAUUGAAUAUCUGUUUUUGUUCUCCCAAAAAAUUAAAACAAUUGUACUGCCACAUUCAAAAAUUAAUUCCCAAAGCUACUGUAAACUGAAAUAGACCAAUAGUUGUUUUUCUUUUUUAAUAUGGUUUGGAAUUGAAGACGGGCAUGGCAAUGAACCCUAACCCACAAGUGUCUGAUAGUUUGGGCGAGAGCAGAGCAUGCCUUCCACACAAACACACAUUAUUAUAUUUAACUACUAAUGACUA